GUCCAGAUAGGUCAAAUCCGAAGACAUUAGCUAAAAUAAUUGAGCCUAUCUUCACAUCUCGACCGCGCAAUGUGGAAACUGCUGCUAGCCACACACGGCUCCUUGUUCCAUUUUCUCCCACGCUUACAUGACAAUAAUGAAAGCAGGUUUGAAUUUACUGGAAAAAAAUAGCACUUUCAACAAAUCUACGGUACACGGCCCUCUAAUUCAAUCGAUCAUAAAAGAAAAUUUGCCCUUCCAAUUACGCUAGUAGACGUAGUGGUAUAAAUUAACGAGCACCACACCUUUCAAAUUCUUCCAACUGAUCAACACAAUCGGCCGGAGAAAAUAGGGGUUGCAAACAAUGGCGGCUCUCCCAGAAUACUUAGCUCAUGAUCGCCUCUCCGAGCUGAAGGCUUUCGACGAGACGAAAGCCGGAGUGAAGGGGCUUGUGGACGCAGGAAUCACUCAGAUCCCUCGAAUCUUCCACACGCCGCCUCAUCUCCUCGACAAGAGGCCAUCAGUUCGAGCCGAUCAAGGUUGCAACAACUUCAGCUUCCCGAUCAUCGACCUUGAAGGCGUCCGCGGGCAGGGUACGGACAAAUGGAAGCGCGUCGCCGAGAAAAUCGGCGACGCAUCGUCCAAGUGGGGAUUUUUCCAGGUGGUGAACCAUGGAAUUCCUACGAGUGUGCUGGAGGAGAUGAAGUCUGGAGUCUUGAGGUUUCAUGAGCAGGAUCUCAAGGAGAAGAAGCGAUUCUUCUCCCGUGAUCCUGCUCGAAAAGUUGCUUACAACAGCAACUUUGAUUUGUAUAGCGGGCCGGUGGCUAACUGGAGGGACACCAACUACUAUUACAUGGCCCCUGACCCUCCUCUGCCGGAGACGAUACCACCACCUUGCAGAGAAAUCUUGAUAGAGUACUCGAAGCAACUGGAGAAACUAGCAAGCCUACUCUUCCAAUUGUUGUCGGAGGCUUUGGGUCUAGCAACAAAUUACCUGCAAGAAAUGGACUGUGCAAAAGGGGUAAACGUAAUGCUGCACUACUAUCCAGCGUGUCCGCAACCAGAACUGACCAUGGGAACGACCAGGCACACCGACACCAACUUCAUCACCAUCCUCUUACAGGACAAUAUCGGUGGCCUUCAGGUUCUUCAUCAGGAUCAGUGGGUUGAUGUGCCUCCAGUGCCUGGAGCUCUGGUGGUGAACAUCGGAGAUCUGCUUCAGCUCGUAUCGAACGACAAGUUCUUAAGUGCGGAGCACAGGGUGCUGGCAAGUAAAGUCGGGCCAAGGGUAUCUGUAGCUUGCUUUUUCAGCACGGGUCUGCUGCCCAACUCCAAAGUGUAUGGACCCAUCAAAGAGUUGUUGUCGGAAGAGAAUCCUCCGAGGUACAGGGAAGUGACGAUUCCGGAGUUCGUUGGGUACGUGAAGGGCAGGGGCCUCGAUGGGAGUUCUUUUCUGCAGCAUUUCGAGCUCCGCUAGAGCUAGAGCUGGAGGAGGAAAUAAAAUAUUGUAACGAGCACCAAUUUAUUCCUGUUUUAUGGAAAGAGCUUUCCCAUCACCAUAUCUCUAUUGUCAAGGUUGUUGUCCUAGUUCAUCUGGGUACUGUCCUCGAGUAAUAGAACCAAUUAUAUUGAUUGACUUAUAUAAAUUGACAAUUUUCAUUUCAAUUACACAAUAACUUCCUCA